AUCAAUCACAGAUGGUGCUGGUCCUGGUACAUGGUUAGGUUAGAGUUUGAUAUUGAUGGAGAGAACUAAAAUGGCUCCUUCUGAGAAAGUUGAUGAAGACGAAAAGAAAAUUUUCGAUUGUAUAGCAAAAAAUAAUAUUGUAGAGUUUAAAGCACUUAUACAUACUAUACAUGGAGAUAUAUUUGAUGAACAUGGCAUGACCCCCUUGCAACAUGCUGCAUAUAAAGGCAAUAAAGAAAUAGUCCAGCUGCUACUUGAUCAGGGAGCUGAUGUGAACUCAGGUCGACACAAGCAUGGGUACAGUGCCCUACAUUUUGGAGUGCUCUCUGGCAACACAGAUGUGUGUGAACUGUUGCUGACUGCUGGAGCAAAGACCCAUGCCACUAACUCUGUUGGGAAAACACCGAUGGAGAUGGCUGCAUUUGUCGGGAACCACAUGUGUGUGGCAAUCAUCAACAACUUCGUCCCACGGGUAGAGGUGGAUUACUUUACAGUCCCACAGGGCCUAGAGAGUGAACCCAAGCUGCCGCCCAGUCUGGCCGGACAUGUACACAAGUUUGCCAUGCAGUUCAACAUGAACCCGGUGAGAAUAGCCCUGAACCUUCAACCGAACCUCGUGGCUGCCCUGGACACCCUACGUAAUGUUCUUACCCUUAUGAGUGACCGACAAAUGCGAAGGAAGGAGACCAAUGAGCUGAUGGCUUUCAAACUUCAUUACCUCGCCAACGUUGUGGCAGAAGUUGCCAAAUGCAGGCAAGUAGAACGAGAGAAGCCCUCUGAUCCUGUGGAAGCGUUUGCACGCAAAGUAUUGCGCAGUGUACGCGGACGUGAAUACACAGAGAGGUUCAUACGUGACUGUGUCCGGGAGUUUCCCCACAGAGAAUGCACCAUAUUCAGACAAUUGGUGACAGUAUUGGCCAAGUCAGAUUCACCGCCCGCGUUGGACGCCGUAAGCCUUGUCAUCUGCCCCCGCCUCUUCCCCGAGGGCGAGUCUGUCGAGUGCGCCACCUGUGGUCAGGAACCGGCCAUCAAGAAGUGCUCCAAGUGUCGCGCGACACAGUACUGUGACCGAGAAUGUCAGAGACUCCAUUGGUUCGUCCACAAGAAAGAAUGUGGGAGAAUACCGACUGUGUCUGCCAAGGAGGAUGAGAAAUAAUGGAGUCAGUGUUCACCUGUAGUCAUUUUAAAUUUUUUCUUUUCUAUGUCAAUUUUUUUACAUGUCACUUUUUUAUUUUUUUUAAGUGGACUAAAGUUGACAACAAUCUUUGUUACUGAUGUUAUGGUGCUUUUAAUUUGUAUAUUUUAAAAUUAAAGACGAGCAACUAAAAUGACUCGUCAAUCUUUUGUAAAAUUACUCAUUAUAAACAUGACUUGGAAUAUAUUUUCUUUAUUAAUGUUGCAA